CUAGGACAAAGACCUUCCCAGAACACAAGUGUGCUUGUGGCUCUUCUGUUAAUUUAUUUCACCUUGAGUAUCAGCUUAUGGUUUAGAUAGCAGCCCAUAGAAAGUACUCUUAUUCUCCUUCAUGUUAUAUCUUAAAGUGUGUACAACAGAGAUUUUUCUGAUCUUAUUCACUUGUCCCUGUGUAUCCAAGUAUGUAUUUAAUCCUGUAAAACUUCUGCUCUGCUCAGCAGAACUGUCAUUCAGUUGGGUGGCUUUUUUUGGGAGUUCUUCCGUAACUAAUUCUAGUUUAGAAACAGCUACAGGCUGAAUGAGAUGUCCCUUCUUUCUUUCUCUCUAGAGUUGAGAUGUCCUAGGAGCGGAUUACAGUGAGAAAGGCAGUGUACAAUUCAUUUCAGUGUGUACUAGAAAAGAUCUUAAUAUAGAAUCAUAAAGGUUGAAAAAGAUUUCUAAGUUUAUCUGGUCCAACCAUCCCCCAUCCACCAAUAUUACACGCUAAACCAUGUCCCUAAGCACCACAUCCUGGGGGUGUUUAAGGAAGGGUUGGGACAGUGACUCUACCACCUCCUUGGGCAACCCGUUCCAAUGCCUAAAAACCUAACCAGGGGAGAGCAUGAACGCGGUCCCCCACUACCACAAAUGAUGCAGCAGAGUCCUGCUGUUGUCUCUGGGGAAGCGUAAGGAUGAAGAAAAUCCACUCUAAUCCAGACUUUAGACUGAAAAUCUUACGUUUCAAUGUCAUGGAUGCAUACGAGUCGUAUGAGUUUGCCAAAAUUCUAUGAGUUUGUAUAAUACCAGUAACAGUUGUUGUUGUUCCGUUAAUACCGGCAUUAGGCUUCUGAACACCAGAAGGUGACAGAGUGGAAGUCAGUGGAAGGCCAUCAAAAUGUCUGGGACAGUUUGAUGCUCUCUGAGACCAGACUUUCAAGUGCUGACCUUCUUUAUCUAUUAAGUUAUUAUAAACUUUUGCUGCUCUGCGAACAUAUAAAGAUGUCUCGCAGCCCUGAUGCUAAGGAAGACCCUGUGGAAUGCCCCCUUUGCAUGGAGCCUCUGGAGAUUGAUGACAUCAACUUCUUCCCUUGCACCUGUGGCUACCAAAUCUGCCGUUUCUGUUGGCAUCGUAUCCGCACUGAUGAGAAUGGACUUUGUCCUGCUUGCAGAAAGCCAUACCCAGAAGAUCCAGCAGUGUACAAACCACUCUCCCAGGAAGAGCUGCAAAGGAUAAAAAACGAAAAGAAACAGAAACAAAAUGAGAGGAAACAAAAGAUAUCAGAGAAUCGCAAACAUUUGGCCAGUGUACGGGUUGUACAAAAGAACCUUGUCUUCGUGGUAGGGUUAUCUCAACGCCUAGCAGAUCCAGAGGUUUUGAAACGACCAGAAUAUUUUGGGAAGUUUGGUAAAAUACAUAAAGUUGUCAUUAAUAACAGCACAUCAUAUGCAGGCUCACAGGGUCCAAGUGCCAGCGCAUAUGUAACCUACAUCCGGUCAGAAGAUGCUCUCAGAGCCAUACAGUGCGUCAAUAAUGUGGUGGUAGACGGCAGAACACUCAAGGCAUCAUUAGGUACAACAAAAUACUGCAGUUAUUUCCUAAAAAAUAUGCAGUGUCCAAAACCAGACUGUAUGUAUCUACAUGAGCUGGGAGAUGAAGCAGCCAGUUUCACAAAAGAAGAAAUGCAGGCGGGUAAGCACCAGGAAUAUGAACAGAAACUACUGCAAGAAUUAUACAAAUUAAACCCCAACUUUCUUCAGUUAUCUACGGGUACAGUUGACAAGAACAAGAACAAAGUGACAGCACUGCAGAGGUACGAUGUACUGAACAGUAAUAACAAAGAUGCCUGGCCAUCAUUACAGAGUUCAAGUAAAUCAGCCAACAGCUUAACAAUGGAACACAGGAAAACGCCUCCUAUAUUAGAAAAUGGCACAGACCCAGAACACAUGACUCCAGAUGGUGCAGACUCAGAUUUCGGCCCUAUCGACAAACCUUCAGAUUCCCUCAGUAUAGGAAAUGGUGACAGCUCCCAGCAGAUAACAAACAGUGACACACCUUCACCACCGCCUGGUUUAACAAAACCCAAUCCAGUCAUACCCAUCAGUUCAUCUAACCACAGUGCACGGUCCCCUUUUGAAGGGGCUGUAACAGAAUCACAGUCGCUCUUCUCUGACAACUUUCGGCACCCUAACCCCAUCCCUAGUGGGCUUCCUCCAUUCCCCAGUUCUCCACAGACUUCAAAUGACUGGCCUACAGCACCAGAACCACAGAGCCUCUUCACAUCAGAAACUAUACCAGUAUCUUCCUCCACAGACUGGCAAGCAGCUUUUGGGUUUGGUUCCUCCAAACAGCAAGAGGACGACUUAGGGUUUGACCCCUUUGACAUCACCCGCAAAGCCUUAGCAGACCUGAUUGAGAAGGAACUGUCAGUCCAAGACCAACCUUCCCUCUCGCCCACAUCUCUUCAGAACCCUACCCCACACACUACAACUGCCAAAGGGCCAGGCUCUGGAUUUCUGCAUCCUGCUGCACCCGCAAAUGCCAACUCUCUCAGUAGCACCUUUCCACUCAUGCCACAGAGGUUCCCACAGUUUCAACAGCAUCGAGCAGUUUACAACUCCUUCAGUUUUCCAGGCCAAGCAGCUCGCUAUCCUUGGAUGGCCUUCCCACGCAAUAGCAUCAUGCACUUGAACCACACAGCAAAUCCCACCUCAAAUAGUAAUUUCUUGGACUUGAAUCUCCCACCACAACACAGCACAGGUCUGGGAGGGAUCCCUAUAUCAGACAACAGCAGUUCUGUAGAGAGUUUAAAUAUGAAGGAAUGGCAGGACGGGCUAAGGGCACUUCUACCGAACAUUAACAUCAACUUUGGUGGACUGCCCAAUGCUUCUUCCCCCUCCAACGCCAACCACAGUGUACCAACGUCCAACACUGCCACCACCGACAGCCUGAAUUGGGACAGCCCUGGCAGCUGGAUGGACCCCGCAAUCAUCACAGGUAUCCCAGCCUCCACAGGAAACAGUUUAGACACCCUUCAAGACGACAAUCCUCCACAUUGGCUAAAAUCUCUUCAGGCCCUCACAGAGGUGGACGGCCCCAGUGCAGCGCCGUCACAGACACACCACAGUAACCCCUUCGGCACACAGAUCCCUCUGCACAGAGCCAGUUGGAAUCCCUACUCUCCUCCUUCAAACCCCACCAGUUUCCAUUCCCCACCCCCAGGCUUUCAGACAGCCUUCAGACCCCCCAGUAAAACGCCCACAGAUCUACUACAGAGCUCAGCGCUGGAUCGUCAUUAGGAAAGGUGGAAAAAAACAAAACGUUAGAAAUGCAGGAAAUGUCCCACCCUGACUCCUCCCUAUGCCCACCUACUGUUCCCUGUCAUAUCUUUCUUUCUGAAGAAUCCAGUUCCUGAUCAAACCUCCCCCCCAAAUGCAAUGCCAUCGCAGGGUCAUGACCAGAUCUUUUUGCUAAGUUUCUGCUGAAGCCAGUGUUGGAAAUACACUGUUUGAAAUAAUUCCUAAAUAUCCUAAGAAAAAAAGAGAGAGAGAAAUCAAAAUGCAGCCUCAAUGCUUAAGGAGAAUAUUACUGUCUUAUGUCUUUUUGCACAUGAGUAUUCCUGCCUAGUGGAAAAGUGUCAGCCUACAAUAGGAGAAAAAUGCAAUGCAGAAUCCAGUGCAGAAAUACGGAAAAGGUAUUUAAUUUAAAUGAAGUUACUGAACAUGUGGGGCAAGCAGUGGCCUAAAUUUUGUUUUUGCAUUCAGUGUGGCACUACACAGGGCAAAUGCUAUGUCUUUUUUUUUUUCUUUUCAGAAAAGGCGACUUUAUUGUGUCACUCAGUAAGAGGUUUGACAUGAAGUGUGUUGAAAGACAAAACACUUAGAGCUAUGAGUAACUGGCAUGUUGCUGAAGAGUGGUUUAAAGAGGGGAGAAUAAGAUUUUUUUUUUUAAUUUUGGCUUUAGGUUUAAAGUAAACUUUAAUGUUUUAAAAGUAUUCACAGAUUUAAUACCUAGUGUAUACAUAAUAUAAUUAUAAGCAGCUGAAACACGAGUGAUAUUUACUUCAGUCUUUGUCUCCUCUGUCAGUCUCUCUUUCUUUUUUUAAAAAAACAAAGAUUCACCUGAUUAGGGCACUCUGGGAUAGCACUGCAUUGGGGCCACAUGAUCACCAUCAGGAGCAACCUCUGACCUCCUCUGCCUGCAGCUUUUACUUAACCCUGUAGUUUCUGGACGUUUGUGCAGUAUUGAAAAGACAGGAAAGAAACAGAUAAACAUGGUUAUAACCCAACGCUAAAACUAAAACCAAGGAAAUGUACCUCUUUCUUCAGAAUUAAAACUAAAAUCUUAAAUAAAACAGAAAACUUGAUGAUGA